GCGCGCUCGUCCUGCCGGCGGCCGGCGCCCGGCGGUCAACGUGAACGGUCGCCGCCGCCGCCGCCCGGUGCGGUCCGGGCUGUGGCAACCGGCCGGAACCCUCGUCGAUCGAAGCUUUUGGCAGAGAACCUUGGUCUGCAUUUAACAUGAACAUCUUGAUUACUGCCUGUAUUAUUCAUCAGUGAGGCAGCUGGGAUAAGAACAGAAGUGUUUAUGGACUUGGAGAAAACUGUGCCUUACUGGCAAAGAAGUCAGCAGAAAGAUGGAUUCCCUCUGGGGCUAUUUUGUAAACAAACACCUGAUUGUAGACUCUAAAGCAAGCAAAGCAAUGGAAAUGCAUAUUUGCAGAAUCUGGCCAUUGACAACACCAGACAUCGUACACUAUCUGAAGAUAAGUUGGGAUGAAGACUUGGGAAAUGGUUUCACAAUAACACUCUGCAAUGGAGAACAAGCUUGGAGUGGAAGCGUGUCAAGUGAUCAGAUAACGAUAGAAGCAAAUGAGGCUGAAAUGGACAGGGAAAAAUAUGUGGAAGACCUUCGAUGUGCACUGAUAACGUGGGAAGAAAAAGCAAAACGUUACAGCUUUGACUUUAUAAAGGACAGUGAAAGAGAAGUUUUCCAUUUCUCAUAUGAGAAGGUCUCAAAAGACAUCUCAUUUAAGCUUGGCUCUGUGGAAUUGCAAGAAGUCUCUGACACAACAGAAGUCAUCAAAGAGAUCAUCAACUAUGUUCUCCAUUGCAACACAGAGCUACGGAGCAGAAAUGACCACCUGCAACAAGAAAACAAAAGACUGUUGUGUGAACGUAACAGCAGCUUGGAAGAAUUGGAGAAAUAUGUAAAGGCUAAAGAAGACUUGGAGCAAGACCUCUAUUCACGUUUCAUCUUGGUGCUUAAUGAAAAGAAAGCCAAGAUUAGACAAAUGCAGGAACGUUUAAAGUGUGCUCAUGAGCAGGCAGAAGCCAGGAGUCAAAACAGGAGUGCAGUUGCCACCAGCCAGGAAACUUUAUUAACUGAGGAAGAUUUUGAUUGCAACACUGAUGAAGAACGCAGCGGCCGUACUUCUGAAAGUACAAGCUUGGCUCAACCUUCCAAGUCAGCCACUGGUGAUCCCAUUGACAGCGGUCUGCAUGACACGGUUGGCAUAGCACCGAGUCGAAAGCGGCGGUAUCGGCAUCCACAGCAGAAGGUGGAAGUGGCGGAACCCCCAGAAGCUUUGCAGGAAAAGAGGUCAUGCCCUGUGAGUGCUGCAUCAUCAGUUAGCAAUAAGCCUGAUGAAGAAGAGGAGUCAUUGUCAACCUUACCCAACACUGUUGAGCCGGAUAAUCUUUUUGAUAAUAUUUAAACUAUCUUUCUUUUAUAAAAGGAUGAUGUAAGCUAAGAAUACCAAAUAAACUCCCUGCAUUGUU